GUGGAAAUUCCCUUUCUGCCAUUUAAAAGCUCCACUCUUAGGGCAAUGUGAGCCCAGCGAGCUGCAAACACGAAUACCAGGACAAAAAUAUGUAGAAUAGAAGUUUGUGUAAAGAGGAGGACAACAGAAGAAAGCAGGCGUUGCAUGUUUUUUAAAUGGGAAAUCUGUUUGGCAUCUGGCGUUUCAAGGAGCCGAGCACCGUUGAGGAAUGCGACUCGACGUGGGGGUCGGACACCGAGGGCGACGAGCCGGCGGCAGGUGGAGAUGACAGCGGCAUCUCCGGCUCAGUCAGCCCGCUGGCCAGCGAGCGGGCCGCCGGAGAGCCCGGGGAGAGUUCCCCGCAGCUUACAGAUUCUCCAGAUUCCGCUCCAAAGUUGAAGAGGAGUUUCUACGCUGCCAGGGACCUCUACAAAUACCGUCACAGCUACCCGAACUACCGAAAGCCACGGCAACCCAAUGAGUACCGUAACCUGCGCUUCUACUUGAACAAGAUCCCUCUAGUGCCUGAUGGUAUCUACAUAGAGGAGAUUCUGACCAAGUGGAGGGGUGACUAUGACAAACUGGAGCACAAUCACAACUACAUUCAGUGGCUGUUUCCAUUGAGAGAACUAGGGCUGAACUUCUACGCACAUGAACUGACUCAGGAUGAGAUCAAAGAGUUCCAAAGCACUCGGGAAGCCAAGCGGAGGUUCUUGGCAGCAUAUUCCCUCAUGCUAGACUUCUACGGCAUCAAACUGCUGGAUAAGAGUGGGAAUGUUGCUCGGGCUUCCAACUGGCAGGAGCGCUUCCAGCACCUUAAUGAGUCCCAGCACAACUACCUUCGGAUCACUCGCAUCCUGAAGUCGCUGGGCGAGCUGGGCUACGAAGCGUUAAAGGCCCCCCUAGUCCACCUGUUCCUGGAGGAGUCGCUGAGCCACACCACUCUUCCCAACAUGCAACACAGCGUCCUGGAGUACUUCGUCUACACCAUCCGUCUGCCGGCCACCCGCAGGCGCCUGCUGCGCUAUGCGCGCAAGCACUAUCGGCCCGCCCACGCAUUCCUGUGGGGGCCGCUGCCUAAAAAGCGAGGUGGGGGCGGGGGAGGGAGCACAGGUGCGGGGAGCAGCGGGAUCAGAGCGCCCGCUCCGACGCCGGAGCAACAGAGGAGGGGGGAGGAGAUGUCCCCAUCAGCAGGGAGCAGGAUUAUUGUGUCUUCCCAUGAUGCCGUGCUGUACCAGGACGUGGCAGGAGGGGCUAAAGGCAGCACGGGACUCACCUCUAACAUCUCCGGACUGGAGGGGGCGCUGAUGAUUGUGGGGGUCAGAGGGGAGAGGAACGAGUACAAUGACAUAUUUCCUCUGUAGGUCUGAUUGGUUUCCUGCAGAAAACAUUAACAGCUGUCCUAAAAAUGGACCGGCUAAGUUGUUAGGUAAGAGAAUUUCAUUUGUAAUGCCAGAAUGUUAUUAGCAGUAGUUCUUACGCUUCGCGACUCAAAAUGAAGACAGUAAUUGUAAACACAGAGAGGUGUUAUUGGAAUAAAUUCAGGUUAAGGGCUUACCAUACACAAUUGUCAUGUCUUCACAGAUGCAUCUAUUUAAGUGUUCUAAAUAUGGUGGGGGGGGGGGGGGGGACUGAGGUGUUAGUUGAGGGGAAAGUCAUAAAACAAUCCCAAAACCAUCCAAACCAUUAGAGCGGCACGAUUUCAAAAAAAGGGCUAAUUGUGAUGAUUUGAACUGAACGGUUUUUAAUGGAUCGGUAUCUAACAAUGAUUUUGUAGAAUACCGGUUCUGCAGCUCCAUAAUAAAUUCAGAUAUUUUCACAUA